AUGUUUUCAAAAGCUUCCAAACCUACAUCUGUUCCACUUUCAAAGGAACCUUUAAAAUAAACAACAGUCACCAAUAAAAAUAAUAUAAUGGAACCCACAAAAACAAAAACACCUUCGACUCUUUCUAGACCUUUAGGUGUUGGAAAUACAGUCGGUAUGUAAAAACCUAUAUAAACAUAAACAAAGAGCACUCUUCAAAAAUAAGCUCCUUAGCAAUUCGAAGAAUAAAAAACUUAAGGAUUUACCUCAAAGCCAUCUGCUAAAUAUACUUCUAUUAAAACAGUUGAUUUAUUUGCAACUAAUAAAAACUAAAACACAAAUUCUUUUGCUUAUGUUUAUAAUGCAGGAGGUAUUCCUUGUAGAGUGAAUCAUGGAAGUGUGCAUAUGUACAUUUAAUGGAACAAAGAUGUUGAUUUAAAAAGCAUGCCUUACGAUCCACUUUUAGCUACAUGUUUUGAAGGAUUAAUUGAAGAAAAGCACCCAUAUAAUUUUAUAGCAUACAAUUGUAUAAAAGAUAUGCUAGAAUAAGAAAACGUUGAAGAUAAAAUAGUACCAAUGAUAAAUAAGUUAGCAUGGCCUUUAAGAAACGCAUUAUAACACAAUAAUGAAAAAAACUUUGAAAAUGCUUUAACAGUUUUAAAAUUACUUUCUGAUAAAAUUGGCCCUAACCUCAAUCCUCAUCUUAAAAAUUUGCUUUAGCCAAUUGUUAAGAAGAUGAAUAAACCAUAGCUUAGAGAAAAGAUUUUUGUCACUCUUAGAACCCUAGAAGAAAAUGGAGGAUCAGACGUACUUAAAACAAUAAAAUCAUGUAUUCCAACCUAUAGCAAUGUUUGA